AAAAUUAUAAGCACAUACAAUGGGUUCUGCACGCGCAAACGAAUACUGCCUUGGAUGGGCGGCAAGAGAUGAGUCUGGAGUUCUCUCACCGUACAAAUUCAGCCGUAGGGCUGUUGGAGAAGAUGAUGUUUCUAUAAAGAUCACGCACUGUGGAGUUUGUUAUGGCGACGUAAUUUGGACCAGGAACAGACGUGGAGACUCCAAGUAUCCUUUGGUGCCGGGACACGAGAUUGCUGGAAUUGUGAAGGAGAUUGGUUCCAAUGUCCGCGUUUUCAAAGUUGGGGACCAUGUUGGGGUGGGGACUUAUGUUAACUCCUGCAGGGAUUGCCAUUUUUGUAAUGAUGCUUUAGAAGUUUAUUGUGCAAAGGGAGUUGUUGGCACUUUUAACGGCAUCGAUAGUGAUGGUUCAAUCACCAAAGGAGGAUACUCCAACUACACUGUUGUCCAUGAAAGAUAUUGCUAUAAGAUUCCAGACAACUAUCCACUGGCUUCAGCAGCACCUCUGUUUUGUGCUGGAAUUACAGUUUAUGCUCCCAUGAUGAGGUACAAGAUGAAUCAACCUGGUAAAUCUCUAGGAGUGAUUGGCCUCGGUGGUCUGGGUCAUAUGGCUGUCAAGUUUGGCAAGGCUUUUGGGUUGAACGUUACAGUUUUCAGCACAAGCAUAUCUAAGAGAGAGGAGGCCCUAAGUCUUCUUAAUACAGACAAGUUUGUGAUUUCAUCUGACCAACAGCAGAUGGAGGCCCUGGCUGGGACAUUUGACUUUAUAAUAGACGCAGCAUCUGGGGAUCAUCCAUUUGAUCCAUACAUGGCACUCUUAAAGACUGCCGGUGUUCUAGUCCUUGUGGGUUUCCCCACUGAAGUCAAAGUCAACCCUGCUAGCCUUCUGCUAGGAAUGAAAACCAUUACUGGUAGUGCAAUUGGAGGCUCGAAAGAUACACGAGAAAUGAUAAACUUCUGUGCUGCUCACAAGAUUUAUCCCGAGAUAGAAGUAAUUCCGAUUCAGUAUGCAAAUGAAGCUCUUGAGAGGAUGAUCAAGAGUGAUGUCAAGUACCGAUUCGUGAUUGAUAUUGAAAACUCCCUGAAAUGAGACCAUGCAGCAGA